UUAGCAUACAUUUAAACGUCUAGGUCAAAUUUUCGUUGAGCAUGAGUACCUGUUUGGAGCGCUACUUUUGCCCCAAUAAACCUGUCUGCAGCUCAGGCAGGAGAGCCACCUUUUUUUAUCCAGGAGGUGGGUCCUACUCCGGCUACUGGCUAUGCAACAAGCACCAUGGCUGGGGCGUAAAAAAGACGGCCAAACGAAGUUCACAAUAUUUUAUGGGAAAGAAGCAGCCUGAAGGGCAGCUAGUCUACGAGGGUCACUGGGUGAUGAACAAGCGGCAGGGAGUCGGAUCGAUGCUACGCAAACGUGGGACUGAUGUACAUCUGAUAUAUUCAGGAAGGUGGUACGACGACAUGAAGUGUGGCGAGGGCAAGCAGUUUUAUCCCGACGGUUGCGUCUACUUCGGAAAAUGGCUGAGAAACCGAAGACACGGUCUGGGUAUUCAAUGGUACAAAGAUGGGAGCAUCUAUGCGGGCGAGUGGGAGACUGAUUUUCGACACGGGCUGGGGGUCAUGUUUUACGCAAAUGGAAACCGUUAUGAAGGACACUUUGCACGUGGAUACAAAAACGGUGAGGGAGUGUUCUAUCACAUGCUAACUGGUCAAAUCCAAAAAGGUAUGUGGGAAAACGACAAUGUGAAGACAUCGGUGAUGCAGGAUGAACCAAAACUAAGAUGUAAUGUGGCAGUUACCCCAUACCCCAUCCCAAGAAAUUAUCUUAAGUACCCCAAUGAAAUAAUGCGAGAACUUUUUCAGAGAUAUAAAGUUUUAGGCGAUAAGCCCCACCGCAGAUUCAACGAUAAAGUCAGUCUUGACUUCAUUCACCACCACCGCCAGUACGCCUCCUUCGAAGAGCGGUUCGCAUCGCCAACAAUCGUGGAUCUCUACCCUAAUGCCCAGUUUGCUUGCACUUGCGACUGUGAGCAGAUUGCCAGGAAUGAAACCAAUGUUAGCCAAAUCUAGUUUGUGUGACUUAAAUGAUAUUGGGAAAAACAAUUAAAUCUCUUACAUUUUUUGGUGCAACUAGAACGCCAUUUCUAACAAGUGCGCUGUUCCAUCAAAGUUUAAAAGUAGCUACUUUAGAACUUUAAGCCGACAGAGUAAGGCUUUUCUCUAAUGGCCGCUGAAAUACCUGCGUAUCCCCAUCACCCCCAUCCUAUCUAAGGAAACGGACUUGCCACGCCCUAAACGAACCAUCCACCAACCAUCCACCAAAAAGACACCCACGUUUUCUACUUAAUGAUAAAAGAAAGGACAUUAACGGGCCUCGGCGCAUCUCCACGUUUUGAGCGUCUUUCAAGUGAAAAGCAAAGAAUUAAAAAAAAUUAACAAAAAAGGUCGGAAGAGAAAAGCAAUGGAAAAAAGGAAGCAACCAAAAAUGGGGCCGCGCACAAUGAAAGAAAAGAAAAAGAUUUAAAACCACCUCCCAGCGCAAGCUCUACGUAAUGCUUCUCCUGCUAGCUCCUCAUUUAUCAAGUUCCUUUUAUUUUGGUGCGCGGGCGUAGUUAAAAAUUAAUAAAUGAAAUUAAUGCCGGCGACACUUUGCAAGGCAUUGGCCAGUACGGACGUGUAAGAUGUUGCCAAGGUUUUCCUUUGACUUCCUCUGUUUACAUCAAAAACAUUUUCAUUUGAAAUAUUAAGCGCCUAAAAGUC